AUGAUAGACGAAAUAAUGAGAAGAUGGACAGAUUUAGGGAAGCCAUUGUUCAUGGUGCCAAAGGAUUUUAAAGAAAAGAUACUCUAGGGAAUGGACACAGAGAUCAAAUUCAAUUAUCUAGUAAUAUCAUUUAACAUUCAACUUUAUCAGAGAUGGUUGACUUAAGGACUUGAAAUAGACAUGUUUGAAAUACUAUCAGUGAUUAUUCUUUACUCAAGAUGUGACUUAGAAGACAAAUUUCAGUAGUCAAAAAUUUAUUCACAAGGGAGAGAUAAGUUCUCGAAAGUAGAGUAUUUGCGUAUAAUGUUGAUUCUUUCAAGAGAAGUAUCUUCUACUAUAGAUGAUUUGUCCCAUAAAUUUACGAAUUUCACCAAGCAGAUCAAGAAAUACAGAUUGCCUGAGUAUUUAGAAAGAGAUAAUCUAUUCCUAGGGAAAUAUAUUAUAAAAGAAGUCAUAUCCUAUAAUCAAAUAUAUGAGAAAAAUAUGAUGGGAUUAGAUACAGUUUUCAAUAGAGUAAUCAGGCAAAAAGACAGUGUGGGUGGAAACUCAUUAUAGCCCUCAGUACUUGCUACAAGAAGACAAAGUCAGGCCAAGAACGUUGAAUUAUUAGAGGGAAUCAAUAACAUUGCGAAUGUUUUCAACCCUAAGUUUAAGGAUGAUCUAGACUAGCCAAGAACUGAGACUUUGAACUGGAUGAGAUUUUAAACUCUAUUCAACUUGCAAUACUCCUUCAGAAUGAGAAGUAUUGCAAUGUUUGAGGCCACACCUAAGGAAUAUAUAUUUGACUUGUACAUCUUAGAUGACUCAAAAUUCGAUGAAUUUUAUCUCUUCAAGAACUUAUGGAGGGAGACUUUACUCCUAAACUAUUUAGGAACAACAAAAGAUCAAAGCAGAGCAAACAAAGUAGUAUCUUUCGGUUAGCUACCUAAUAAAAUCAUUUUCAGAGAGAUAGAAGAGAUUAGCUGCAUUACUCUGGAGGAAUACUUAAAAGCCAAAGAGCAAAGCGAUUAGAUGAAGGAAGAUGUAGAUAAAGAAUCAAACCAGAGUCCUGUAAUAGAUAAACUCACAAAUGGAUUCAAAAGAGAUGUUGAUUCCAAGAAUCUUAGCAAGCAUCAAGUCUUGUUUGAUGAAGAUUAAUACAUCUCGAAACAAACUCAGUUCAGCGAAGUAGAUGCUAUCAACAUAAUCCUUAAGUUAAUUGAUCUGAUUCAGAUAUUACAUCAGAGGAAUAUAGUUCAUACUAAUUUCAAUCCAAAUGAGAUAUACCUGAAGGAAAAAAACAUAGAUAAAAUGUUCUUUCUGAAUCUCUAUUAUUGCAGUUGGGAGACACUCAAUACCAUAGGCAUAUUCCUGCCAGAUGAUGGGGAUAAUCUAAGUUUAUAUGAUGCGAGAGUGAGGAAUAAAAACUAUAUAUCACCAGAGCAAAUUAAACUAGGCUAAGAGUUAGACUUGAUACUGAGUUCUAAAAAUGGCAAGUUAGAUGAGACUAACCCAGAGGUGAUUGAGUAUCAAUUGACUAACAGGAAUAAAAUAAAUAAGCAAUGUGAUGUGUACUCAGUUGGGGCAAUACUCUACAGAUUGCUUCUUUCUACCCCACCAAGUCUUUCGAUUUCAGAGUAUAUUCAAAAGAAGAGACUCAAUGAGAAGAGUCCAGACUCUAAUGUGUAUGAGGUGCCCUAUUUCUUCAAGGACUAUAUACUCUCUAACGAUAUGUGCUAUAUAUUGGUUAGACUCCUCCAUCAGAAUCCAAAGUAUCGAUUCGGCGACCUAGACCAAGUUAAAGAUGAGUUAUUUAGACUGCGUGAGAACAUAUAUUCAACUCCACCAAUGCUGAGAAAAAUCUUAGGCCAUCCAAUCCUACCUAAUGAGUCUUAUUAACAACACGCUUUACCUAAAGUGAUAGAAUUCAAAAAUUCUAGAAUGAAUGAAUUUUCUUUAAAGUACUUGGCCAAGUUUAUCUAUGAACAUAAUGUGGAAUCAAUUAGUAUUAACGGAGGUCCGAUGCCUUUAUACUAGUUGAAGAAUAACUCUCUGAUUGAACUUAAUCUGAGGGACUAGAACUUAUUUAGCGAAGACUUGUUCAUUUUAUCACAGAAUUCAAUAGGAUACAAAUAUGUUGAGGAAAGCAAAAUUAUUGAAAUGAAAAUGAAGCAUCAGGACAAACUCAAAGACUUUUCAUUUGAAUAGCUAUUCUAUGAUAGUUUAGGUAUAGAGCACUUAUGCAUUGCCCUGGAGCACACAAGCAGAUUGAAGAUGCUUGAUCUGUCUGAAAAUGAUUUAGGAAGCACGAAUUUCAGAAUACUAUUGAAGAUCUUCCACAAAAAUAAUGAGAUUGAGUUACUUAAUGUUGCAGAUUGCAAGAAUAAUCAUCAAUUGAGAUAUCUUUACUUCAGAAACUCAAAUAUCGGGGAUUAAGGAGCAGAGGCUGUGUCUGAACUGAUUAAGGAUCACAAGACUUUAAUUGAACUUGAGGUCUUUAACUGUGGAAUCUCAGCCAAAGGUGGCCACUCAAUAGGAGAUGCUCUCAAGACUAAUUUCUGUAUUGAAAAACUUAGCAUCGGUGAAAAUGAUCUAAAUAAGAGAGAUGUAGAGUAGAUUCAGUAGUCAGUGAUUUUCAACACUCAAUAUAACUAGAUGAAGGAAUCAAAUAAGAAAUUCGAGGGUUUUGCUCAUAAUCUUAUUGCAGAGUCAUUGAAGAGAUGGGCUAACCAAAGUAAUUUCGUGGCAGCCAAGUUGCAAGAGAGACUGUAGUGUCCUCUUGAUGAGUUAGAUUAGAAGAUUGCAGAUGUAAUGUUUGACGGUAAGGGCAAGAUGGACUUGAAGCCAGUUCCAACUAAGUACGAAUACUCUUCAGGAGAUGGCUAGAUUGAUUUCGCUCAAAAGUAAAAUUGA